GCCCCGCCUAAACUGUUGCUGAGUGGUUGGCCGGGCUGCCGCUCAGUCCAGGCGCCCCCGGCCGCUGUUGGGGCUGGGGGGAUAGGCUGUGCCAGGAAACUCUCCGUGGAGGCAGUUGCAAUUCUGCUGGGAAAAUCUGAAAUCUCCGCUGCAGAAGAUUCGCCAGUCGGGAGCGGAGCGCCCCUUCCCCCGCAGCAAAGGAUGGCAGAGUUGCUAGAGCUUGAAGGAACAAUAAACUGGAAAGAAAGAUGCAUAGCUCUAGAGUCUCAACUGAUGAAGUUUCGCCUUCAGGCAAGCAAAAUUAGAGAGCUGUUAGCAGAGAAGAUGCAGCAGCUUGAAAAACAAGUCAUUGAUGCAGAUCGUCAAGCAGAAAAAGCUUUUCAGCAGGUGCAGAUUAUGGAGGAGAAGUUAAAAGCGGCUAAUAUCCAAACUAGUGAGUCAGAGAUGCGGUUGUAUAAGAGGUGUCAAGACCUGGAGACUCUGGUGCAAGAGAAGGAUGACAUUAUUCAGAAUCUGGAAGAACAGCUUGGAGAGCAGAAGCAAAUAAGAAUACAAGAGGCCAAAAUUAUAGAAGAAAAAGCAGCUAAAAUAAAAGAAUGGGUGACCAUCAAGCUCCAUGAGCUAGAAGUGGAAAAUCACAACCUUCACAUGAUCAGUCAGAAUCAAACUGAAGAACUAAGGAUAUUACAGACUAAAUUGCAAGAUCUUCAGGGAAAGAAAUCUGUUCCUUCAGCACAAAAACCUGGAGAAGGCCAAAGACUGAACAGUUUGACCUUUGGAUGCUUUUUAAACAGAGCAAGAAGUCCUCAACAAGUCACUAAACCUGAAGAUAGAAACAAUUCUUCAUUGAAGCUAGCUGAAUUUAGUGAAGGCACUGGCACACCAGAGAAAGAAAUACUGGAAACAUCCCUUGCUGACCAGCUGUAUGGGAAUAACAGAAGCUUGAAACCACUGCAGCAACAAAGCUCCUGUUGCUCUGAACAAAAGCAGACAGUAAAGUCAAAAGAUCAUGACAGCAAUUUAUCUAAGAACUCUUGCAUUACAGUAAGUGACUGGAGUUCUGAUGAGGAGGAAGGAGGUAAAGGAAGACCCAAAUCCAGGUGUGUAUCUACCCUUUCAAGUCAUACAUCUGAAGAAGGAAGAGGCUACAGUCGAAUUGGAAGUGAAAUGUAUUUGACAGCGUCAGAUGACAGCAGUUCUUUUUUGGAAGAAGAGAGUUUUGGAGCUCAGGGGAACACACCCAAAAAGCUGUACUCAUGGCAAUCAGGGUGCCCAUGGAAAAGUCAGAAUAAUCUAAUUGGAAAGAGCAACUUGGAAUCCUUCAGUGAAAAGAAAGCCCAUGAUAGUUUUUCGGAUGAGCUGAAUAAAAGAUUUCAGACACAGAGACUGGAUUAUUCUUCAUCCUCUAGUGAGGCGAAUACUCCAAGUCCAAUUUUAACUCCUGCUCUAGCACCAAAGCAUCCAGCAUUGAUUCUGGCAGCAGGCUUUCAGACUAAUAGACAGUUGAAUUCUUCCUCUAAUCUUCCACCACCAAAGCUGAGAACUCCCAGUGUCUUUACUAUAAAUGCUGCAUUGGCGAAAAAACAUUUCAGUCAACCUCCACUGUGUUCGGACAAAAUGUUUGGCAGAAACAGAAAUGCUAUAAGCAUGAUACGUCCUUUUAAGCCUCAGGAAACAGACAUAGAUCAGGUGGAUGGGGAAGGUGCAGAUGUUUUAGAGAAAAUGGAGAUUACCUGCAGUGAAGAAUUGUUUACUUAUGAUACCUGUGAUACUCAGUGUGCAGAAACCUUGGACUCUAGUGAUACAAAGAAAUCUACAGGCAAUAAACCUCCUACUCCACCACUUCAUCGAUUCCCCUCUUGGGAAAGCAGAAUCUAUGCUGUAGCUAAAUCUGGUCUACGUUUUUCUGAGGCCUUCAGUGUUGAUUCCUUCAAUAAAAGUUCCUUGUGUUCAGCUGCAUAUUCUCCGUCAGGACUCUACACUUCACUAAUAUACAAGAAUAUGACUACACCUGUGUACACCACUCUUAAAGGGAAAGCAACACAAAUAAGCAACAACCCAUUCUUAGAUGACUCGUCUGGAUCUGAUGAAGAAGACAGCUCUCAAUCCAGUUCACGGACAUCUGAAUCAGAUUCUCGAAGUAGAAGUGGCCCAGGUAGUCCCAGGGCCAUGAAACGAGGAGUCUCUCUGUCUUCAAUGACCUCAGAAGGUGAUUACGCCAUCCCUCCUGAUGCCUACUCAACUGAUACAGACUAUUCUGAACCCGAACAAAAAUUGCCUAAAACUUGCUCCUCAUCCAGUGAAAGUGGAAAAAAUGAGCCGUUAGAAAAAUCUGGAUAUUUGUUAAAAAUGGGUGGUAAGGUAAAUACCUGGAAACGAAGAUGGUUUGUGCUUAAAGGGGGUGAACUGCUUUACUACAAAUCUCCGAGUGAUGUAAUACGAAAACCACAAGGACAAAUUGAACUAAGUGCAUCUAGCCGUAUUGUAAGAAGUGAUGGAAAACAAACAGUUCAGCUUACAACUGAAAAGAGAACUUAUUAUCUGACUGCUGAUUCCCCAAAUAUCCUUGAAGAAUGGAUCAAAGUCCUGCAGAAUGUUCUUAAAGUGCAGGCUGCAAGUCCACUUUUCAUUCAGCCCGACGUCAAACCAGCUAUGAAAGGUUUGGUAACUAAGGUGAAACACGGAUAUUCCAAGAGGGUGUGGUGCAUGCUUGUUGGCAAAACUCUGUAUUAUUUCCGCAGCCAAGAAGACAAAUUUCCUUUAGGCCAGAUAAAACUCUGGGAAGCGAAAGUUGAAGAAGUGGAUAGGUCCUGUGACUCAGAUGAAGACUAUGAAGCCAGUGGCCGCAGUCUGUUAUCAACCCAUUAUACCAUUGUCAUUCAUCCAAAAGAGCAAGGACCUACCUAUCUUCUUAUAGGAUCUAAACAUGAGAAGGACACUUGGCUUUAUCAUCUGACAGUAUCUGCUGGAAGCACAAAUAUAAAUGUUGGAACAGAAUUUGAGCAGCUUGUUUGCAAAUUGUUAAAUAUUGAAGGGGAGCCAAUCUCUCAGAUAUGGAGGCAUCCUGCUCUUUGUCACAGCAAAGAUGGGAUUACUUCUCCUCUUACAACUCUACCAUCUGAGGCUUUGCAAACGGAGGCCAUAAAGUUAUUUAAGACUUGCCAGUUGUUUAUAAAUGCUGCAGUGGACUCUCCUGCCAUUGAUUACCACGUAUCUUUGGCCCAAAGUGCUUUGCAAGUCUGUCUCACACAUCCAGAGCUUCAAAAUGAAAUAUGUUGCCAGUUGAUCAAACAGACCAGGAGAAGGCAGCCUCCAGCUCAGAUAGGGCCAAUCCAGGCUUGGCAGCUUUUAGCACUCUCUGUUGGACUCUUCCUUCCUCAGCACCCGUUCCUUUGGCUUCUCAAGAUCCAUUUGAAGAAUAAUGCAGAUUCCAGGACAGAAUUUGGAAAGUAUGCAAUUUACUGUCAGCGCUGUGUAGAAAGAACACAACAGAAUGGUGACAGAGAAGCCAGGCCAUCAAGAAUGGAAAUUCUUUCAACGCUUCUAAGAAACCCCUACCAUCAUUCCUUACCUUUUAGUAUUCCAGUCCAUUUCAUGAAUGGCAUAUACCAGGUUGUUGGAUUUGAUGCUUCUACCACAGUAGAAGAAUUUCUGAACACACUCAAUCAAGACACCGGAAUGAGGAAACCAGCCCAGACAGGUUUUGCUUUGUUUACUGACGAUCCUUCUGGCAAGGAUAUAGAACAUUGUCUUCAAGGAAGCAUCAAGAUCUGUGACAUUAUUUCUAGAUGGGAACAAGUUUCUAAAGAGCAGCAUCCUGGGAAAUGUGAAGGCACUAGAACAGUGCGACUUACAUACAAAAACAGGCUGUAUUUUUCAGUUCAAGUCCGUGGAGAGACAGAACGGGAAAAACUGUUAAUGAUGUACCAGACAAGUGAUCAAAUUCUAAAUGGGCUUUUCCCUGUAAACAAAGAACUGGCACUAGAAUUGGCAGCACUUCUGGCUCAGGUGGAGAUUGGGGACUUUGAAAGGCCUUUCUCAACUCCAGCAGGACAAGGCAUUUCCCAGUCCAAAUCUAAUCAAACCUUAAAACAAGUUGUGGAGAAGUUUUAUCCAAAGAGAUAUAGGGAUGGCUGCUCAGAGGAACAGUUAAGACAGCUUUGCCAACGACUAUCAACAAAAUGGAUGGCUCUCCGUGGUCAUUGUGCUGCUGACUGUGUGCGUAUUUACUUAGCCGUUGCUCGAAAGUGGCCUUUCUUUGGUGCAAAACUAUUUGCCGCAAAAAUUCUGACAAUAUCUUCACUAGAGAAUGCUGACGUAUGGCUUGCAGUUUAUGAAGAUGGCAUACAUGUUCUUGAAUAUAGCUCUAUGAAAUUAGUAGUGACAUAUUUAUACAAGAAUCUGAUGACCUUUGGAGGCUAUCAAGAUGAUUUUAUGCUGGUGGUUAAUAACAUGCACACACACGAAAAGCCAACUGAGAAACUCUUAUUUACUAUGACCAAACCAAAGAUUCUUGAAAUCACUCUUCAGAUUGCCAGCUACAUUAACAAUUUACAUCAGCAAAAAGGAGCUGCUCACCACUUCUCUGCUCCUGCAAUAUUAUCUCUUCAAGCAGAAAGGCAACAUAGCAAGGAUGUAGGCUGUCAUCCAUUUUUUCUGAAGAACAGACCAACUAAAGGACCUACUUUGUUAUGAAAAGGCUGUACCUUUGAAAGUGAAUGGUACUGGGUGAUCGCAUUGCAUUGUGUUGCAGGAGCACACAUACAAAAGUGGGCUUUGGUUAUUCAUUAGUGGUACUACUCAUGAACCAGUUCUGGUCAAGCUGAGUGUGAUUUAAAAGAUUACUUCUUUUUUUUAAGGACUACUGGAGUCCUAACGGGGCAUUUAAAUACUAGCAUACCCAAAUAUUUAAAUAGAUGGCUGUUCUGAUACAGACCCUGUUAAUCUGUAAGGAAAACUAGUGUAAUUAAGAAAACGAGGCCUUCUUAAAUUCACUACAAGUUCAUUAUGUUCAGCAACAAAAAGUUUAUGGGUAAAACUCUUUUUAGGGGGAUCUGCUUACAUUCUGGGAUAUCUUCCUUUGAAUAGGUAUGGGUACAUGAACACAAUCAGAAAACACUAUGAAUCCCAUUGCUGUGCUUUUUUAAAAAAAUCUGGCUGUGUUGUGGGGUUAACCAUGAUCUAAUAAGAUUCCAGCCUUUUAAAAAAUUGUUUCUCUGUUCAAGAGUGUGUAUAUUUUUGUUAUUUUUCUGCACCUCGGCUUCUCCUGGGUGUGUAGAAACUUUUUACAUUAUGUAGAAACUAUCUCCUCUUUCUGUACCAGGCCCCAUUAUGCAGAUUUUUUGAUCUGCACUCUGAAAGAUUCAGAAAUCAGAUAUGUGGUAAUGAGUUUUCAUUUCCUGAAAUAAAAUAAACCACAGCCUUGUUUUUCAUUAUGGGGAACAAGAUGGAAGAUGGGGAGUAAGAGGGAACAAGAAAAAAGGGAAAUAAAAUGUGAGAAGGAAAGUAUAGAGGGUAUGUUGCUCUGCGUAAGGAUAUAUAGUCACAAAUAGUGCAAUCCUGUUUACUGGAAUGUAAGUUCCACUGAGCUCAGUGGCCUUAUAGCCACAGUGUACCAUGAUAGCUGGGGUUAGUGUUGUUUUAAUUAAAACAUUCAUAAAAGGGAUGCCUUAUAUCAUGUUAAUAUAUUUGAAAUAAUAUAUGCCACUUGUUUUAAGAAGUAAAUUCCAGGACUUCUACCUCUUUUCCAUCAGUUUCAGGAGUAGAAAUUUCAGGUUACCAAGCCUGAAAAGCCAGACACGUUCAAUUCAAGGUAGGACCAAUUCAGGCUUGAAUGUAGCAAAAUAACCAGGAAUUCAAAGAUUAUGCCCAGAGUGAGCUCAAACUGUUUAACUUUGAUUUCUUUCCUAAAUCUACAAACCGAUGUUAUAGAUUCAACACAUAUUUGUAAAUCUAGUCUUUGCAAAUCAACUGAAAGUUAGUUAAUGUUAAGAUGUCUAAUAUUAUACUUACAUAGGGAAUGAGUCCUAUGGACACUGCCUCUUUUACUCGCUGCUUAUAAUUUUAAAUAGCUACCUAGAAAAUUUCGUUUGAACAUUCUGCCAUUCUCAGACUAAGGGCCCAAUACAGGGAGAGGAGGGUGAAUCACCUCCCGGUUAUGGUGUGAGCCCGCAUCAGUGGAUUUACCCUCUCUGGGGCACUUGCUGUGGGGCAAAAAUGCCGAUUGGCAGAUGCCAUGGCCCUUUGGGAUACCUGAACAUAAUGGCCCAGUCGGGCCAGUGACGGUGAUAAAAUGCCCAUGUGAACUUUUGCCUUACUGUAUUUGAGGUGCAUUUAUGAGCAGUACAGCAUUUACAUGGAAAAAGUCUUUUAAGCAUGUUGUUUGAAGAAGGAGGGGGGGACAACCCUGUAAAUGCCAAUGGUUAAAUUGCUGAUUUACGUAUAACAAUUUGGGAUAGUUUCCCAGGACCAUUUAUUUAUUAUUCUUUUACUACUAAUACUUGAUACCAAAGAGUUUUGUUUCCUCAUGAAUUUGAGAUUUUCCCCAUGUUUUUAAAGUGAAGCUUCUGAUAUUUGAUGGUAAAUUAUAUUUUAAAUCUGGAAUUCUCUUUAUCUAGUUUUCCUUUGAGAGAGCUAUAGCCACAUUGAAACAAUUUUCAUAAAAGAGAACAUUGUAAAUACUGUGAAACAGGGCAGAAAAUGUUAUUGGUACUAAAAUCACUCAGCUCGCUCAGAUUAACUAUACCUCUUUGGUCCACUCCACAGGGACCAAAAACAGCACCCCUGGAACAGUAAAAGCACUGCUCCAGGUGCGCUGUUUGCAUGACUGCCGCCUCUGCAACCGGUGGGGAAACGCUGUUUUCUAGCCUCGCUCAAUGAGCAAGGCUUUUGGGAAACAGCAUUUCUUGCCAGCAUUGUACAAACAGUGCUGGGUUGAAGGCGACGCUUUUAGGCACCUCCUGUUUUCCCCAAACUUACCUUCUCUCCCUGCGAAGCUCUGCUGGGAUUAGGAGACGCACACACACUGGCUUUCGACCGCCGGUGGUCGGAGGGCAGCGUAGGCAUGUCUCCUCUUCCCUGUGGAGCUCCACAGGGAUAGAAGUUUGGGAAAACAAAACAGAAGCGCCUCCGUGCAAAGGUGCCUCCGUGGGCCACAGCCACUCCGGGACUGCUUGCACGGGAGUAUGCAAAUGGUCCCGGGGCUCCACCUGCAUCAUAUAUGCCAGUGUGCAGCUGCUUCCCUGGCCUGUGCGGAACAGAUCUUUGGGCAUCCCUACUAUUCCCAUAAACAGUUAUAAUGUUCUUAUCACUUCUGAAAGUGAUGAGGGACAGUGCUUACAUAACUAGGUAGCAUAAAACAUCUAGGAAACAAUGCAAUAGAGCUAGUGUAACCUCAGCUUAUGGGUUCUGUGGGGCAAAAUUUGGAAGGAGUCGCUCUGGAGGGUUUUCCGGGCUGUGUGGCUGUGGUCUGUUUCUCACUGUGUCUUUUCUCUGUGA